GCCAUGGGGAUCCGUGGACUACCGGGAGCCCCAGGAGAAGCUGGCAUGUCCAUCAUUGGUCCCCGUGGCCCUCCGGGACAGCCUGGAACAAGAGGUUUUCCUGGGUUUCCGGGCCCAAUUGGUUUAGAUGGCAAACCAGGGCACCCUGGACAGAAGGGGGAAGUGGGAGUCCCUGGACAAAAAGGAGAAAAGGGUCAAUGUGAAGACUACCCACACAGGGAAUACCUAAGUACCACACUUGCAGCUCUGCGUUCUAAUCAGAUCCUUACACUGAAGGGUGAACAAGGACAGGCAGGAAUCCAAGGGCCACCUGGGCCACCAGGCCUCCCCGGGACUCCAGGACAACCAGGCCCAACCGGACCAGCUGGCAAAGCAGGAGAACCAGGGAAACCAGGCAAGGAUGGAAAGGGCUUGCCAGGACCUCCUGGACCAAAGGGAGACGCUGGAGUUCAGGGGUACCAUGGAAGAAAGGGUGAGGUGGGUGAGACUGGCUUACCGGGUGCCCCUGGCCUUCCUGGUCCUACUGGCCCAAAGGGUGAAAAAGGGGACUCUAGCAUGAAGGGAGUUCCUGGAAUUGCAGUGGCAGGGACGAAGGGUGAGCCAGGGAUUCCAGGAGCAAAGGGAGACCGUGGAGUUGCAGGGAAGAUGGGCCUCCCAGGGAAAAGGGGGCAGAGGGGUGAGAGAGGAAAACCUGGUGAGCCAGGACCUCCUGGAACCUUGGGAGAAAAGGGAGAAAAAGGAGAUUCUGGCAAUGCAAUUGGAGGAGGCAAAGGAGAACCUGGGCCACCGGGAUUACCUGGGCCUCCAGGACCAAAGGGAGAAGCUGGAGCUCCUGGGGAACAGGGGCCUUUUGGCCCAAGGGGUUUCAAGGGUGAACCAGGAAAGAAUGAAAUGGUAGAUUACAAUGGCAAUAUCAAUGAAGCUUUACAGGAGAUCCGAACCUUGGCCCUUAUGGGACCUCCCGGACUGCCAGGUGUUGCAGGGCCAUCAGGACCACCUGGACAGAAGGGUGAAGUUGGCCUGCCAGGUCCUCCUGGACAUGAUGGAGAAAGGGGUCUUGAUGGCCUGACUGGAGAAAAGGGUGAACAAGGGAUGCCAGGACCUCCAGGCCUAAUAGGCCCAAUUGGACUUCCAGGUUUUACAGGAGAAAAGGGAGAACUUGGAGAAAAAGGAGACACUGGAGACUCAGUAACUGGGCCACCAGGGCCCCAAGGCCCACCAGGGACAUCAGGUCUUCAAGGCCUUCCAGGACCUAAGGGGGAAGCAGGUAUUGAUGGAAAGCAAGGCGAAAAGGGUGCCCGGGGAGAAAAAGGAGACCGAGGUCCUCUGGGAUUGCCCGGUGCUUCAGGUUUAGACGGCAGGCCUGGCCCACCGGGUACUCCAGGACCAAUUGGAGUUCCAGGACCAGCAGGACCAAAAGGAGAGAGGGGCAAUAAAGGAGACCCUGGAAGUGCAGGACCAAUAGGGCCAGCAGGGCUUCCUGGUUUACAAGGCUCAUCAGGUGAAAAAGGAAACCGGGGGGAAAGGGGCAAGAAAGGCUCUAGGGGGCCUAAAGGGGAUAAGGGAGACCAAGGAGCACCUGGAUUAGAUGCACCCUGUCCACUGGGGGAAGAUGGUUUGCCAAUUCAGGGAUGCUGGAAUAAGUGAAGAUUCUAACCAUGGACUGGCGUGUGUGUGUGUGUAUGUGUGUUUGUGCAUAGAAUAUUUAUUUUUAUACAGUGUUCUUUUUGUAAAGUGCCAAAAGAUAUGCAUUUUGCAAAUUUUUAAAAGCUGCAUAUUUUUGUACAGAAAAUGCUACAUUUCUUCUUUUUUAUCUGAUUGUCAAUCACAUGUAUAAUUAUAUGUGUACUGAUGCUAUGCUUCUUGCAUUGUGGAAUACAGCUGCAAUAUUUGCAUGAUAUUUGUGCACUCACAGUAAGUGUUACAGCUUAAUAAGUUAUUGCAUUAAGGUGCCAGAAAUAACCACUCUAUGUACAUAUGAAGAUCAAAGCCAUUUGACAAUGAAUGCAAGAACAGCUUAAAAUACUUUGGAUUUUCAUUAUUAAAAUGAAAUGAAAUUUAGCAUUUGUAAAUAAAUCAUAUAAUGGUAUUUUUUUAAUGGUCAGACUUAAGUCAACAAGGGUAGACAACAGUGAUUGCCUUUCUUCAACCUUACCGCCAGCAGAGGGCACCACUGAUGCAAUAACAACAAAAUAU